AUUAUUUUCUUUUUGUUUCCACCUUGAGAGGGUCCUUACUGGUAUCUAGAGAACAAAUAUAUAUUAGGAAUAAUUUAUAUUUAAAAAACAAAAUAAAAACUAUUUGGCAAUAGUAACUUAAUUAUGAUUACAAGUUUAACAUAUUUAGUAACAUAAUGUUUGUAGGCGAGCAAAAUAUUUGAUCAACUAUUUGUCCAUGCAAGCAUUAAUAAACAUGAAAAUCUUUUUCAAUUUAUAUAGAUAUUUAUAAAACUGUAAUUUAAUUACCUGAAGGUUUUUAUCCUUGAUGUAAGUUUUAUAUUUUCCUCUUGUAAAAGAGGGGGAAUCUUUUUUUCUUUUAUCAGACAUGUUAUUAUUUGUCACUAAAAAUAUACUUGGCACAGUCGAUUGAAAAUCAAAAGCGAAUCUUUUUAAAAGUUUUAUCUGUACAUUUGUUCAACACGAACGGCCUGUUCGUCCGAUCUGGGUUUACUCGGAGCAGACUCAAGCAAACCUGGCCAAUCACCGUCUUGCUUUCUGUCUUAAUACUAAAUUAGUAUUUGCUUUGGUGCUUAUAGCGCUUGAAGCAUUAUUUCAACCUUGUUGUUUAUUAAAUAUUAAACAAAAACAAAUGAUACUCUUACGAGCGCUGCGAGUGCCAAAGCGAACGCAGCCAUACACUCGCAUGCAUAUAUAUAUAUACAUAUAUAUAUAUGUAUAUAAUGCAUGCGCAGAGGAGAACGUAUCAUACGUAUGGAUAGACGUAGCCGGUCUUUGUUUCACGCGUGUUAUCUCGGCAUCCCUAAUUUUGUUGAUUCUGUUAUUAGUGCCACAGAUUUUUACUGUGCACAUCAUGUUUAUUAUUAAUUGUAAGAACGAUGGUUCUUAUUGCCUAGUGAAUGAUAACGCGGUGAUUUGUGAUUACGAAAGUGUAAAGAAAGGAGAUGCAGUCACAUUUUUUUACAAUCAAAAAUCAUACCAGGGAGUUGUUAUUAUGCGAUCUGAUAACGUAUCAUCCAUAGAAGAAGAAUUUCAGAAGUUAAAUAAACGUCAAAAACUGAGAAAAACUAAUCGAAAACGAGAGGCAUCAAAUAGUCCAGAUGAUAAUUGUGAUAGUGACGUACAGCAAAGUGAUGAACCUGCACUGAGCCAAAAAAAGAAAAAUUCUUCAAAGGACGAUCAAAUCAAAAAGUCUGGUACAAAAAGAAAUGUAAAGGGGAAAAAGAUAGAUGUAAAAAAAAAUAGUAUAGCACAUCAGAGGCAAGUGCAGACAACUUUUAAUCAUAAAUAUAAGGCUCAAAACGAUGUACAUGCACAGCUAUCGUUGUCGUCUGAUACGAGCACUGAUGAAGAAAAUACCGAAACAAGAAAGACCCAGUACUCAGCUACAAAGAAAGCUGACAUUAGGGCUUUAAAUACAUUGAAUGUCACAAAAAAAAGAGAAGGCAGUCCUACCAAAGAAGAACUCAAACGACUACUGCAAAUAGCAUUGGACAAGUCAUCAAAAUCGUUAGAGGAUGAUAUUGAUACUUCUGGUGACGACACAAAUUCGUCGAUACAAUUACAGCAUGACAUUGCUACAAAAUCUAACAACAACGAUAAUAGUACUAGCGACAACAAUAAGGAUGAGGCUGACAAAGAAAAUGAUAUGUUUGUAUUGCCGGAUGAUAGUACCGAUCAAUUAUUUGGAAAAAAUUGCCCAGACGAUAAGAUGAUGCUGUUAAUGAGUGAGAUUUACUGCCAAAAACGCGUCCUUAUGUCAGCGAUAGCAUCGUCACUUAAACCAUCUCAUCUAGCUCGUCGACUACUUUCUGGCGUUUUUAAGCCUGAAGCUCUUUUGCGGUGUACGAUAACAGGUCAAUCUGUUCGAUCGCUAGGAAAGACUCGAUAUGAAGAAAAAUUCGACUGCCUUGAUCCUAUCGCACGAGAUGCUAUUAUUGGUAAGCAUUAUAAUUUGCAACAGCAAAGAAUUAAUAACAAUUUUCAAAAAUUGAUUUACUCUUUCAGAUUAUUCUAUAAAACAUGGAGUUGCAAAACAGUGGCCGACACAAGAAAAAAAAACUAUUAUUGCUGCAAUGUCCCAGCGGUUAGGGGAAAUGCGGAGGACAGAGAAACUUAACAAAGCUGAACAAAAAUAACAAGCGACUUCUAUACUCGCAUCUUUAAAGACAUUUUUUUUUAAUAAAAAAUAAUAUUUAUUUCAAUUUUUAUUCCACACAAAACAUUCCAUUCAAAGAUAUAUACACUACCGCUUAAAAAUAUUUGUCUAUACUUAUUUAACUUUUUUAAUUCAAUGAUGAGAAUUUUAAAGAAGAGUGAAUUUCAAUCUUCUCUCCUAAUGAUCUGGAUGUUAAUAAUAAUCUUGAUGGCUCAAAAUAUUACAUUAAACAUAUACAGGGUGUUCCGAAAUUCGCAAAU